AUGGCUUUAACAAGGGGCAAAAGGUUACAGAGUGCAAACAACAGCACAAUAGAUCAAAGUAUUAUAACCGAUAUAUCGAACAUUGAGGCAACACAAGAUGCAAGUAUGGAUGUUGGCAAUAGUAACAUCGAGAUUUCUCAAUCUGGUAUACACCCAUUAAAUACUUCUGAAGUGGAUAAUAGCUACUUAACUGGUACGAGUUCUAACAGUGGAAUGUAUCAUGGGAGAAGUGAUUCGAAUAGAAAACGUGGUAGAAAUCAUGAUAUGUACGACGAAAGUUGUAAUUCUAUUGAUAGUACUUCAGAUUCUAUCGAACCUGGGUCAAGUCCUAAAAAAAGAAUGCGUAGAAAUCAUGGAAGAUUUCAUACAUUGUACAAUUCAAUUAAAUCAUUUUUCUUUACAACUGCUGAACCAGAUUUAUCAAAGAAGAGAAAAUUAAGAAAAAAACGUAAAUAUUACUCUAAAGACCCUCAAAGUAGACAUCUACACUCUCCAAAAGGAUUGAAACGUAGGUUAGAUAAUAAUAUGUCUACUAUAAGAGAUAUGAAAUCUAUGAGGGAGCAAGUUCUUCAAAGAGAAAGACAAAAUAGAAAUAUGAUUCAAUCGGGUAACUUUGUUUCUCCACUUGAUAUCCAAAGACAAUUGACUUUAACUAAUGAUUCAUUAUCAAGUAAAGUUAAUUUAUUACAAAAACAAUUAAAUGCUGUAAGUGAAGACUUGAAAUUUGCUAGAGAGAAAAAUGUACUAUUUGAAAAGCUAUUAGAUGAUGCAAAUGUUGAUAGAUCGUAUGUUAAAUCAAGAAGGGAUAUACGAAACUUGGAGAAGCAUAAUAUUAAACCACAAGAUGAACUACCUCCUUCACCAGAAAGAAAAGUUAAUCCUUUAGUGACAUCAAGUCCCAUUCAUAGACUUUCAACUGAUCAUGCCGAAAACAGAAACUCAAAGUUAGCUCCACCAAAGAUCAAUUUCUACAGUAAAUAUCCUACUAUUCCACAAACCGAAUCCUUGGCGAUGGGUGCGAAUCAAACUCUAGAACCAAACCAUAUAACAGACAAUACUGAAAAUAAUAAUGAGCAAGUGUAA